ACUGGCGCUCAUCGCUGCUAAUCUCUGGCCGCUGCUUGUCACCAUCCACGACGCUGCUACUGACAGUUACCACCGACCUGCUUCAGAGGAAUUGAUUAGGAUGAAGAGUUUCUGAGAUAAAGCAGGAAAAUACGACGGCAUCACGGUAGGGCGCGAACGGAGAUUAAACGUUAGCUGCGCCGUUUAACGUUUACUCGGGAGUUGCGAUGGUCAAGAUAAGGGAUAUUUUUUUAGCCUUGCUCCUUGUGCGCUGUACAGUUUCCCUGGAAGUGCAGAUCAUCCCGACUCAUGGAGAGAUUAGUCUUGGAGAGUCCAAAUUCUUCAUGUGUGAAGUUGAAGGCGUCGCUAGGCACAUAGAAUGGUUUGGACCGAGUGGGGACAGGAUAGAGCCGAACAGACCAGACAUAACUGUGAGCCGUAACGAUGAGUCAUCGUCCACUCUCACACUCUACAAGGCUGGGACUGAACAUGCAGGGACAUACAAGUGUGUCGCUACCAAUGGAGACAAGCAGGCAGAGGCAACUGUCAAAGUGAAAAUCUUCCAAAAAAUCACCUUCAAAAGCGCGCCCUCACCCCAGGAGUUUAAUGAAGGAGACCAGGCCAACCUUAUUUGUGACGUCGUCAGCUCGCCCGCACCCACCGUCUUCUGGAAGUAUAAAGGAGCAAAGAUACAGAUGGAAAAAGAUGUUCGUUUUAAGGUACUGAACAACAAUCACCUCCAAAUCCGUGGCAUAAAGAAGAAUGAUGAGGGCUUAUAUACCUGCGAGGGUCGCCUCAUGUCCCGCGGCGAGAUUGAUCUGCGUAUCAUCAAGGUCGUUGUGAACGUUCUCCCGACCAUCAGGGUAUGGCAGUCAGAGGUGAAUGCUACAGCAGAUGUCGGGCAGCCCGCCAUGUUGACUUGUGCUGUUGAUGGCUAUCCUGAACCCAUGGUGACAUGGACAAGGAACAACAUGGUCCUGGAGGCAGGAGAGAAGUACAGCUUUAACGAGGACGGCUCAGAGUUGACAUUAAUGGAAGUAACCAAGCUGGAUGAAGGAGAAUACACCUGCAUUGCCAAGAACAAGGCCGGGGAGAGCGACCAGGAACUCAGUCUGAGAGUGUUUGUGAAACCUAAGAUCACUUACAUCGUGAACCAGAGCUCCUUCGAGAUGGAGGAGCAGGUGACUCUGACUUGCGAGGCAUUAGGAGAUCCCACUCCCACCAUCAGCUGGAGUUUCGGUGAGCGUGUCUUCACUGAAGGAGAGCAGGCACAUCUAAACAGGAUCUAUCAGGCAUCAUGGACUCGGCCCGAGCAGCACAAGAGUGUGGAUGGAAAUGUAGUGGUGAGGAGUGAUGCUCGUGUGUCCUCCCUCACUCUGAAGGAUGUCAAUUAUACAGAUGCGGGUCAGUACCUCUGCUCGGCGCGCAGUGCCAUUGGAGAGGAUGAUCAGCCUGCAUAUUUGGAGGUCCGCUAUGCCCCUAAGAUCCACGGAGCAGUGGCUGUGUACACCUGGGAUGGAAAUGCUGUCAAUAUCAGCUGCGAGGUCAAGGCUCAUCCCAGUGAUGUGUCUAUCGCCUGGCUGAGAGAUGGACUGCAGCUCCCCAACUCAAACACCACCAACAUUAAGAUCUUCAGAAGUCCAUCAGCCAGCUACCUGCAGAUAACCCCUGAGUCAGAGAAUGACUUUGGGAGCUACAACUGCAGCGCCUCAAAUGAGAUGGGCACAGAGUCCAAAGAGUUCCUGCUCAUUCAGGCCGAGGUGCCAUCAGCUCCAUUCAUCAGCGAGGUGAGACCCUUCUCCACCUCGGCUCUGAUCGAGUUUGGGGAGCCCGAGUCCACCGGAGGGGUUUCUGUCCUGAAAUACAGAGCGGAGUGGAGGACUCAGGGCAGAGGCACCUGGUCGCAAUGCGUUUAUGAAGUCGGUGAUGGCUUCAGCAGUGAGGCCACUAUCAUCGGCCUGAACCCAGAGACCAGCUACGAAGUGAGGCUGUAUGCCAUCAACGGCAAGGGUGAAGGGGAAAGCAGCCUCCCCAAGUUCUUCAAGACAGAGCCUGUCCGGCAUCCCAAUCCUCCUAAACUCGAAGGGGCACUUCUACCCAAAGGCAACUCCCUCAAAGUCAGCUGGAUCAACCAGGACGACGGCGGCUCGCCCAUCGUGCAUUAUCUCAUCCGCUAUAAGCCAACAGAGAUGAAAGAGUGGAAACCAGAGAUCCGGAUGCCCAACUACAGCGACUACGUAACUCUCAGCGGGCUGGAGUGGGACACCGAGUACAACGUUUAUGUGGUGGCAGAAAAUAAGAAGGGCAGGUCCCAGCCGGCCACCAUGUCCUUCAGGACGUCCCCAGAGCCAGAAGCCAUCGCAGAUUUGGGCGAUGAGGCGGCGCUCUCCAUGGGCAUCAUGCUCUGGGCAGGGAUUCUCGUUAUAGCAUUUGUACUCCUGCUGCUAGCUGUGGAUGUCACCUGUUACUUUGUCAACAAAUGUGGCCUCAUCAUGUGCCUCUGCGGUAAAUCAAGCACAGGCACCAAAGGGCACAACCUGGAGGAGGGCAAGGCAGCCUUCAUGAAAGAUGAGUCCAAAGAGCCAAUAGUGGAGGUCAGAACAGAGGACGAGUGUACAGCCAAUCACAACGCAGCAGGACCAACAGAACCCAAUGAAACCACACCUCUCACAGAGCCAGAGCUGGCGGCUUACACUGCUGCUCUGGCACUGGACACGCUCUCCUCCGUAGCCACCAACUCUGACACAGCCACCGCAACAAUUGACCCCUCUCAGGACAGCCCCUCUAGCGAGUCCACUACCCUCACUUGUAGCCUGUCUACCACGGCAAUCGACCCCUCACCCACCCCCGUCCUGGCCCCGGCCCCAACUCCAGAAUCGAACAUGGCCCCGCCGACUCCCUUCAUCUUCACCUCAGCCAUCGAAGCUAAAAUGGCCCCGUUAGUAGAACAGAGAGGAAGUAACGGCCCGGAAGAACUGGAUAAAAUAACCACUCCUCCUACUACCCCCGAUUGGACUAAGGCGCAAAAAUCUGGGACACCGAUACCACCGAAGCGUAGACACUCUCCUAAACUUGCCGCUCUGAAUGCUAAAGCUAGCCCGCCUGUAUCGCCCCUGGCUGCAUCUUCCCCAGUGCCCUCUCCCUCUCUCAACCCCAGGAAACUGGCUCCAAAGCCACCGGUCAACCAGCUGCCCAUACAGCCACAAACUGUAGCCCCAGAGGCAGAGACCCUGGUACAAACUGCCACCCGUCUAGCAACCACUGCCCCUCCAAAACCAGAUCCUGACUCAACUGAUCCCAGUGGGGGAAGCCUUAGAAAUCCUGAUGACCAACCUGUCCAUACUAACACUGCCAAAGAUGCUGAAACUAGCUCUCUUUCAGGGGUCCACGGUGCUCUUAAAGUCCUGGAUGCUGAAAAAUCUGCUCUUUCUCCUUUACCUGUCACUCCUAUUUCCUUCACUCACGCAGAGGCACCGGUUUCUAAGGAUCUCUUUACAUCGGUGUCAGACACAUACGACUUACUAACCUCUGCUGAAGGGCCUAAAAACGUAGAUUUAGAGCUGACAAACGGGACAGAAUCACCCUCCCUGCCCCUUGCAGACCUUAUUAGCUUAGAUAGCCCAUCCUCUGCCCCCACUCUGGCCAAUGGAGAUGCAGCAGACCUCCCCCCCUCAGGCCCAGCUCUGGAGGCGUCAGAGACUCUGGCCAAGACUGCUCCUCCUGUCAACGAUGAGUACGGCUCCCUCUAGAGGUUUAUCUGUGUGUUUGUUUGUGAAGAUGUGCUCUGAUCAGAAAGACAAUGUGGAGGAGGCAGAAUUGUCAAACGCCCUGACGGAGAUUACUGCAGAACACAACAGUGUCAUACACACAAAUUCCACUGAGAGCAAAGCAUGAUGGGUCGGGGAAACCCCCGUCCAAUCCAAAACAUUUUGCGGCAGCACCGAGCGAGAAACACUGCAGGAAUUUUCUUUUCCAGUGCCCUUAACUACAUAUUCAAAACCACACGCACACCUGUCGAUUGGUUAGAGCGCACUUUGACUGUGCUUUCAUUCCGGGUUUCAUUCAUGAGAUGUUUACUAUACACCCGAGGAGUUUAUCUUCAGAUCAUAAGAGAUUUAUUUUAUUUUUUUAUUCUUAUUUUAUUUAACCUGUCAGGACUAUUGAGGACAAUCUCUUAUUAUAUGAUCGCUUGAUAAACAUAUAAAGUUAGAUUCUACUUUCUGUUCUUUGAGUUUGAACUGCUCAAAAAUAUUGGAUUAUUAUGAUAAAUGAAAAAAAGGAGAGAAAAACCUGACUAUAUAGAAAUUAUUUUUCUUAUUUUUAUGUUUUACAGUUCAAAUGAAAAACUAUUUGCAUUGAUUUCUUUUCUUUUCAUUUAAUUUGUGGGCUUGUCUCAGUUAAUAGCUUGUUCUGCAUGUCUGAGCUGCAAGUGGCUGUAAAGUUUUGUUUACAAGCUUUAUUGUUUCACUACGUCUGUUACAGCGGCGUUUCAUCUCUCACAGAUUCGCUGGCAUUGAUUAAACACAGUAUUUGGAUUCUAACCAUAUUUCUUAUGGUUAUAUAAAUGCAGGAUUAACCAUCAGCCAGCUGCAGGGGGAAAGAGACUGAGAAUCCUACAACAAAUCAGCAGUGUGCAUUAUCACAUCCGAUUUGGCCCAUACACUGAUCAAAUAUUCAGUCUGUCACUACCUUACCACAGUGCUGAUUAAAAUAUUUAUAAAUCAAAUGGAUUUGAUUAAAAGAGGCAACUCAUUUAACACUAAAGUCCACAGAAGACAAACUGCCAGCAGAACACGAUUCUCAGCCAAAGGUGGAGGAACCGAGAAUCUUAUGAGCUAAAUUUACGCCACGUAUUUGUUCAGAGGGCAACGACUACACAGCUACUGUUUCUUCCUCACAUUAAAGCAGAUCAAAGGUCUGGCUUCGUAUUUUGAGUUGUGCUUUUGAAGAAAAAAAGUGAAAAAUAAAAUCUCAAAAAAGCGUUUUUGUACUAUUUAAAAACUACAAAGAUUUAUUUUCAAUUUCCUGCCUGCAAGCUUGUGCACUGUGCCUGUGUGUCGAUAGAUUGUCUUGUCAUCAGUUUCUAUGAUAAUCUGCAUAGCUUUGUCGUGAGAGAUUUAGCCUAUUCUUUUAUUUAAUAUAUUGUAUUAUUAGAAGAAAAGUAUGAUAAAUGGACUAAUGUGGUCAUUAUAACACGUGUAGUGUAUGAAAUUGUCCGUCUCUGGUCACAGCACUAUAUAUUGCCAGCUAUAGUGAAGGGAGGUGUUUUGAGCCUUGGCAUGAAUUCAGUCAGUACUUUAUAACGUAUAUCUACAAGGCAGAUAAACAUGCCCAUGUUUGUUUGGGGUAAAUAAUUCUCAUUUUGAUUUAAUGAGUGUUACUGUCCAGGCUUGUUCUGCCAUUACUUCACAUUGGGUUUAUUUCUCUCCCCCUGUUGUUAUUCAAGUGUUCUGUAAUGUGGUGUUUGCAUUUUUUUCUUUUCGUUUUUGUCUUUUUGUACAAAAGUCACUCACCAGGAGCAACAGCUUGAGAAGUUCAGGAUACACAUUGGCAGGAAGCAGAGUGGUCCCAAUGAAGUGGGGGAUCAAACCUUUUUUUAAAUCUUAAGAUGAUAAGAGAUCUGAUGUAUGUAAGAUCAGAAAGACAGAUUUACUCAACACCUUUUACUCCUCUGCUGUUUCCUGACCAUCCUUGCUUCCUCGUCACUGGAUGCUCCUUUUGGUUUUAUUGGGUCCAACUCAGAAAAUAUCUGUUGUGUGCAGUCUGAGCGCUAACCCAUUUACAAAAUAAAAAAUGGUUUCCGAAUCUAA